AUGAAAGCACAACAUAAAAGAGAAAGUAUAAGGGUUAAGGCGUACCACUCAAGCGACGACCAGUUACGAUCUCAAGCGAAAAAUGCUAAGGCGUACCCUGUAAGCGACGAAAGAAGACGCAGUGCAAAUAAUUUGCGUAUAGCUACAUGGAACAUCGGUUCCCUAACUGGACGCAACCAAGAACAAGCAAACACAUUGCAUGCACGAAAUAUUAAUAUCUGCUGUAUACAAGAACUUAAAUGGAAAGUGUCAAAAACCAGGGAUAUUGGUACAAACUAUCAACUUCUGUAUAACGGCACAUAUACGACAAGGAACGGAAUCGGCAUCAUCCUCGACGAAAUACUACAACAACGAGUAAUAAAGUAG